GGUGAAAGCAUCGGCACACGUAAAGAACGGCCUAGAACCCUUUUGAAGCUUCGACAGGGACAACGGCGAUCUUUCUCUUUUGACGUCCUUCUUUUGCCUGCCGCCCUUACCCUCGCAACCAAGAUGCGUCCGCUAACAGAGGCAGAGACGACGGCCUUAUUUGGAAAGUUGGCAAACUACAUUGGUAAGAACAUCGUGCAUCUCAUCGACCGAGAAGAGGACCCGCAUGUCUUCCGUUUGCACCGAGAUCGCGUGUAUUACGUGUCUGAGGCCAACAUGCGCCUUGCCGUCUCCAUCUCGCGGCCAAACCUCAUGAGUCUCGGCGUUUGUUUCGGCAAGUUCAGCAAGACCGGAAAGUUCCGACUGCACGUUACAUGUCUCGACUAUCUGGCGCAAUACGCCAAGUACAAGGUCUGGAUCAAGCCGAAUGGUGAGCUGCCGUUCCUGUAUGGCAAUCAUGUGGUCAAGGCGCAUCUGGGGAGGAUCACGGAUGACACACCGGAACAUGCCGGCGUUGUCGUGCUCAGUAUGAGCGGAGUUGCACUUGGAUUUGGUGUAACAGCUCGAUCGACAGUGGACACGCGGAAGUUAGAUCCGACGUCAAUCAUCGUCUUCCACCAAGCUGACGUGGGCGAGUAUCUCCGAGAUGAAGAUACGCUCUUUUAGUCGCUGCGUCCCGCCGAUCGCAAGCAAUCGCAGUCUGCAUUUUGUAUUUGUAAAUCAGUUGUACAUCAUUAGAGAACAAAAUGACAACUCC